AUGAAUCAUAUAAUCAGCUAUUGGCUUUUUAUGAUAGCCUCAGCGUGGAUGAGUUUGACAGUGACUGUCCAUGGAUAUGGUAACGCUACAACAGGAAAGAAAUGGGCCAUAUUAGUUGCUGGUUCAAAUGAAUACGAGAAUUAUAGGCACCAAGCUGAUGUUUGCCAUGCCUACCAGAUACUAAAGGAAGGUGGCCUUAGAGAUGAAAACAUCAUUGUUUUCAUGUACGAUGAUAUUGCCUUCAAUCCACAAAAUCCAAGGCCUGGCAUUAUAAUCAACAAACCAAAUGGGCCAAACGUUUAUGAUGCAGUUCCCAAGGAUUAUACUGGAGAGGACGUACACGCAGACAACUUUUUUGCCGUACUUAGUGGCAACCGGAGUGCUGUGACCGGAGGUAGUGGUAAAGUGUUGGAGAGUGGUCCAAAUGACAUCAUUUUCAUUUACUAUGUGGACCAUGGCAGUGCAGGCGUAGUCGGCAUGCCAAAUCCUCCAGCCAUUGUGGCCAAAGAUCUAGUAGAUGCGUUGAAGAAGAAAUAUGCCUCUAAAUCCUACAAAAAGAUGGUUAUAUACAUGGAAGCUUGUGAAGCUGGGAGCAUGUUUGAAGGGCUUCUUCCAGAUGAUAUAAACAUAUAUGUAACCACGGCUUCCAAUGCACGUGAGAAUAGCUUUGCAUUUUACUGUCCUGGAACCAACCAUGCUCCAGCCCCGGAGUAUGAUACUUGUUUGGGAGACCUUUAUAGCAUUUCAUGGUUGGAAGACAGUGACAAAAACGACAUGACGAAAGAAACUUUGCAACAACAAUAUGAAACUGUUCGCCGGAGAACGUUAACUGGUGGUGGAGAAAGUGACAGUUCUCAUGUGAUGCAAUAUGGAGAUACAAAGUUCAAGAACGAUUUUCUUGUUACCUAUAUUGGUGCAGACCUCGCCAAUGUUCAUAAAACCUACAACUUCACAAGCAUGGCAAAUUCAUAUAUAUCUGAACCGUCCACUACUCCAACAAGAUUCGUCAACCAACAAGAUGCUCAUUUACUCCAUCUUAGCCUCAAGUUGGAAAAGGCUCUGGAUGAUUCUGAUGAGAAACUAGAAGCUCAAAAAGCGUUAGAAGUUGAACUUGCUCACAGAGACCAUGUAGAUAACAGUGUCCAUCUCAUAGGGGAUCUCUUGUUUGGUAAAGAGAGUAGCUCCACCAAGAUGUUCCAUGUUCGUCCAGCAGGGCAACCUCUUGUGGAUGAUUGGGAUUGUUUUAAGACACUUAUGAAAACUUAUGAGAACCAUUGCGGGAACUUAACAACCUAUGGAAGGAAAUACACAAGAGCCUUUGCUAACAUGUGCAACGCUGGAAUUUCUACGGAGCAAAUGGUUGCAGCAGCAUCGCAAGCUUGUUCAUAG